GCCCCGGAGGCGAACCGCACCGCCCAGUACCGGCUCUGGCCCGGGAGAGUCCUGCGGAGGAGCGGCCCGGGACCCCGCGCAGGUGAGCGCUCUCUCAGAAUUGUUUUCCUCAUCUGUAAAAUGGGAAUAAAAUAUUGUCCUCUCAGGGGAUACCUGAGGAUGAAUUGUUCCUGAAACUGAAGCACAGAAAGUUUAAGGAUAUUGUCCGGGGUGAGAGAGCUGCUGGGUGGCAGAGCAAGGGUAUGACACCAGGGAAGUGAACCUUCUUAGGAUGGAAACACCCUGAACUUGGUGUCAACUAGACCAACGUUUGAGUUUUACCUGUGUUUAUUUUACUGUGAUUGUGGAUAAGUUAACAUCACUGUGGGAUUCUUGGUUUCUUCAUCAUUAAAAUGGGUUAAAUAAAUCUAUUUCUCUGGACUUUUUAUGAUACUAGACUUUUUGGUUCUUUAGUACUUUUUCUAGAUAUUUGAAACAAAACUGAAAUAGAGGGGUAUAAUGAAUUCCAUCUCCCCCAUAUCCAACCUAAACAAUUACCUAUAUUUUACUAACUUUCUUUCAUCUUUCUCUAAACUCCAUUUUUUCUCCCCAUUAUUUUCAAGAAGCUCCAAAUGUAAUGUAUUUCACUUGCAAAUUUUUCAGUAUAUAUUACUAAUAGAUAAGACCCUCUGAAAGAAUGUCGUAAUUCCAAAAUUGCAAUGAUUCAUAAGCAUUAGCUAGUUUCCAGUCUCAGGAACAUCUUUAUAUAAUUGGUUUGUUUAAAACAGGUUCCAAAUAAUAUCCAUAUGUUGCAUUUGGUCCUAUGAUUCUUAAGACUUUUAAUUUAUGACAAUUUUUAAUUAUGCUAAAUUUAAUUAAUAAGGUCUCUCAGGUUAAUAUGUUCCUCAUUAAACUUUCACCUAAUACUUUUAGCUUAGGUUGAUUUUUGUUUAGAUCCACCUUACUUCAUAACAUGUUAUAAACCAUAGAUUUUUUUUAAUUCUGUCAGUUCUUUUGAAUUUAUUACCUGGAAUGCUAUAGAAAACUUUCCCAUAUCCACUAUUUGGUUACCAUGAAAUGUAGUUCAGUUAUGGUCUCUCCAUGAGUUUUUGCCUUACCAGUUUCUACAGGCGGACAAUGCGGGGAGUUGGUGGUAGUUUUUUUCACCUGUCAUCAUAAAAUCAGGGAUGUAGGACUUUUGAUGUGUUUUAAUCCAUCACAGUCACGCCUCUUCAUUUCCUUGCUGGUGUGAGUGGUAACUUAAACUUAACACAUUUCUUUGCCCUUGACCUAAUCAGCCAAGAUGCCCUAGUUUCUUCUUAGGAAGAUAUAAUACAUAAAAAUCACAACCUGGCCACCAGGAGUGUUAAUUGCUAUCAUUUAGAUGAUAUCAUUUUUCAAUAAACAGAAGCAGAAUAUAUGUUUUUUAAGGAAAAUAAAUCAUGUUGUAUUAAUAAUUCUAGAGCAGACUGUAAGAAUUUUACCUAACAUUUUGGCUCUAUAUUUUAUUAUUUUUUGUUCUAUUAAAAGUCUUGAGUUUUAAUAACCUUAACUCUAUUUAUUGGCUUUGUUCUACUGUAUUUACCUAAGCACAUGAAACACACACACACACACACACACACACACACACAGACACCAGUAAUUUGAAAUUAGCAAUAUCAAUGUUUCCAUAAGGGUGUUGCUGACAAUAUAGUUUAAAAUUGUUUUGCAUUUCUUUUUGUUCUUAGAAUAAUUUGUACACAAGAUAUAGUUAUUGGCCUUUGUGCUUUUAAAUCACUUGAACUAAUUCAUAUAUUACACUACCACCUUGAUAUACACACUUUUGUUUCAUUGUGGUUUAUUUUGCUAGACUGCUUCUAAAUUUUUUUACAAUUGUUUAAAAUAUGUAUAUGGUUGUGUGUCAAACUGUAAGGCACAGAUUUUCCUCUCCCAUUCAUAUUUCUGCUUUUCUCAUACAAAAGGAUACCAUCUAUUCUUUUCUGCCCUGUAUUUUCAAUUAAAUAGUACAUCCUAGAUAAGAUGUCAUAGCAGUAGUUUAUUCAGUCCUGAUUUUGUGUGCAUUUAAUUGCAAAUAGUUCCAUAGUAUAUAGCCUUAGUAUAUAGCCUAUGGAUUACGCAUAAAGAUACGUACACAAACACAGAUUUUUUUAAUCUAAGAAUUGAACCCAGGGCCUUGUACAUGCUAGGCAAUCACUCUACCACUGUGCUGUAUUCCCGACAGUUUUAUGAUAAUUAUGUUAUUAGGUCCACAGAUAUUUCUUAAGCACCUAUAACACAGAAAUUAUAAAGUUGAGUAAGACAUGGCCUGUACUCUUGAGUUUUUAUAAUGUAAGAUGACACUGAAUAAAAAAGAAAAAAUUUGUGUUUUUCUCCUUUGCAUUAUUUAAUUUUCAAUCUUUUAAUCGUGAUUGUUUCAAUGAUGUUGUUUCAUGUAAAACUGAUUUCUGGAUUUAUGACUAUGUACAGACACCAACAAUAAUUUUGAUUAUUCUAAGUUUGUGAACCAUGUAAUUAUAUAACAAAAAAAAUGUCUGUUUUGCUUAGCAGUUUUAUUUUUCUAAAGCCAGAAUUCACAAUGACAACAGUCACAGUGACCACAGAAUUACCCCCAAGGGAUAAGAGAGAAGACAAUUCUGCCUUGUUUGAGUCUACAUCGGCUCACAUUAUUGAAGAAACUGAAUAUGUGAGAAAGAUUCGAACUACUCUGGAAAAGAUCAGAAAUCAAAUGUUUAAAGAUGAAAUAGGACAGACCAGUACAAAUCACAAACUAGAUGCAAAGCACUGUGGAAAUGUUCAGAAUGGCUCUGACUCUGAGACGGACCCGUCUAGUUGCAGUUUGGGUUUGCUCACGGCAAAAAUGAGAGGAAAAGAACUACAGCUCUUAGAAAUGAACAAAGAGAAUGAAGUGCUGAAAAUCAAGCUGGAAGCCUCCAGAGAAGCAGGAGCAGCAGCUCUGAGAAACGUGGCCCAGAGAUUAUUUGAAAACUACCAGACACAAUCUGAAGACAUGAAGAGAAAGCAUGAAGACAGCGCACACACACUCCAGGUUAACAAGCUUGAACAAGAGCAGAAGUUGAAACAACAUGUUGAAGACCUGAACCAAGUUGCUGAAAAACUUGAAGAAAAACACAGUCAAAUCACAGAGUUGGAGAAUCUUGUACAGAGAAUGGAAGAGGAAAAGAGAACACUGCUAGAAAGAAAACUGUCUUUGGAAAACAAGCUGCUGCAACUCAAAUCCAAUGCUCCAUAUGCUAAAAGUUGCCAGGAUCUUCAGAUGGAGAUUUCCAUUCUCCAGGAGCAGAUCUCGCAUUUGCAGUUUGUGAUUCACUCCCAGCAUCAGAACCUGCGCAGCAUCAUUCAGGAGAUGGAAGGAUUAAAAAAUACUUUAAAGGAACAAGAUAAAAGAAUUGAAAAUCUGAAAGAAAAGGUCAACAUACUUGAAGCCCAGAAUAAAGAACUGAAAACCAAGGUGGCUCUUUGGUCGGAAACUGCUAGAAUGAAAAUUUGUAAGGCUGUCUCUACGAGUGAAUUAAAGACUGAAGGUGCUUCUCCAUAUUUGAUGUUGAUUAGGCUUCGGAAGUGAACUGGAUGAAGACCUGAUUGAGAAAGACUAUGCGGAUCUUAUGUAUUCCUUGACAUACAGUCUAAAUGUUCAUGUUGAAAUGGCAAAAUGCCUGUAUUUAAGUGGAAUUUGUUAUAUACACCAGUGGCUUUGCAAGAAGAUGACAUUCCAGAAAAUCAAAUAAUUAUAUUUGAAGGAAGGAAUUCUUUUCCCAAACCUUACUAAAUGGGUAAAGAAACCAGGCGCUUAUUCCUAAUAGAAGACGAACUCUGCUUAAAACAUGAAAAGAAAAAGGAUCUGAAUUUUGUUUUAAGAAUUUUGCUGCAGGAAGUUUUUUGAGACUGACAGCUUUGCUCUCACGUUAGUAGUUUCUAUACCAGCGAGUAGAAGGAAGCAUGUAUAAUUGAAAUGAUGUAUAUUUUAAAUUUAUUUUUAGAAAAUGAAAAAUAGUUAUCAUUACAUAAAUUUAUCUCCCACUCUAUUGGUAGUGGAAGAGGAUUCUCUAGUGAAUUAUGGGCAGGGGAAGGAGUAAAUUCUUUUAAGCUCACUCCCUAACCGAUAUUGCUCUCCAACACUGAGAACUCUGUCUCUCUGCACCUCAGAAAUUCAGACUUUAGCUGUUCUGGGACAAAAAGAUCCUUACGAGAGGCAAACCACACACAUAAGCACACAGGUAUCAUACCGUGUAUUCUGCCUUUGUGAUUGAUUUUCUUAUGGAUAUUCAUUAAUAUCUGAAUAAAAUAAUAAUGUUGCUACCACAUACCAGCAUAAAACACAUGUAUUAUGGAUUCAAAUGGAAUGCUACUUAGAGGGUUUUUUUGUGAAAGUGUCCUUAAAUUUUGAUGUAUGCCUUUACUGCAAAUGGAGUUGGUGAUUUCUAGGAGUAAAACCAAACUCUGACCUGUGGAAAUAUAAACAUACUCACACCCAGGCAGCUACGCACACUUUAGUUAAAUGAAUGAGGACAGACCUCAGUCUUCCUAGGGGAAUUGUCUGUAGGCUUUUGGUCAUCCUCUUGUGUGUAACUCUAAAUAUUUUCUUAGGAAGGAUGUUUCCAGCCUUUCAGUGUAGAAUGUGAAAAUGUCAGUAUUAUCUACUAAAUAUAUGAAAAGUAUGUACAAGUAAGAUGAGGUAAUGUAUUUAUAAAUUCAUCCAAGUACUGUAAUCCUUGAAAUAUGGCACAAGUUUUGUGCUUGAUGGUGUCUUACCAAGCAUUUGUAUUGGUUGCUAGUUUUUAGGGUAUAGUUAUCUAAUAUAUUUAGGGCAUCAAUGUUCUAUGCUGGGAAAACUGUAAGCACUUUACCUCUUGCCUUCUCCAAAACUCUCAGAAGCAGGCUGUGUUAUUACCACUGUGGUACAGAGAAAGGUGUAUUGGGAUUGGCUGAGUAAUUUGUACAGCUGCUAACUGUGAAUAAGAAUCUGCACCUUCUGAUUUGGCUAUCUCUAUUCAUUCUACCUGUUCCAUUAGCCGCUCUUGUUACUGUAGCAAACAACUUCCUUUGAUGUCUCUGCAUUAUCCUGUGGAUGACAGAAGCAACACUUCCUGAUAAAGUCAGUAUUUCUUGAAAUGAGUUGGCUUUUCACCUGUUAGACUACUGUCAGGAGAAUUCAGUUUAGACAAAAUUCUCUGCAGAAGAAUCUGCUUAUAUUACAUUUCUAAUUCAUGACAUGUCACAUUGAAGAAGUUCUUUGUAUUACAUUUUGAACACUUUCGUAGGGGAACUGAGAUCAUGAAUUUUGUUUCAAGCUUUAGCAGUGUAGUAAAAGAAGUGUCACAAAGAGGAACUUUGGUUCCUUUUAUACUUCAGUCACCACGUGGAAUAUAAUAUAUUUGAGAUUUUGGAAAGCACUGCUCAAGCUACCCAAAAAUCUUGAUGAUUUUUCAUUAGAAUAACUUAUUCUAAAGUCAAAAGUAGAAAGGCCAGGCAUGGCAGCACAUGUCUGUAAUCCCAGCACUCAGGAGGCUGAGGCAGGAGGAUCAUUGUGAUUUCAAG